UAAAGCAGCUUCUUGACACUUGGAAUAGAUGCUAAACAUCACGACACGCACGGAUACUCUUCUUCUUCUUCUUCUCAGCCGAAACCCACGUUUCAACACGUAGCACCUUGACAUUACCUUCCUUCCAACUUUUCAUUCAGAACUCGACCAUGACAGAAGGGACUAAAAUGGUAGAAAGCGACACGGCGGACAAGGAUGCGGUCCCCGCCGGGGCUCCGGUGGAAGAGAAGAAGGAGAACGGGGACACCAAGGUGACAGUGCCGGAGCAAAGCGCGGCUCCCGGGGCGGAGGAGCCCACCUUUGUGCACCCGGAGGGCGGAUGGGGCUGGCUGGUCAUGCUGUCCGCCAUGUGGUGUAAUGGUUCGGUGUUCGGGAUCCAGAACGCCUUCGGUAUUCUCUUCCUCUCUCUGCUGCGGGAGUUUGGUUCCGAGGACGACGAUGACCUCCGCUUCAGGACAGCGUGGGUGGGCUCCCUCUCCAUGGGGAUGAUCUUCUUCUGCUCGCCCAUUGUCAGCGUCUUUACCGAUAUCCUCGGAUGCAGGAUCACCGCCGUCGGAGGCGCCGCCGUCGGCCUGGUGGGCCUCCUGGCCAGCUCUUUUGUCACGUCCCUGGGCCCCAUGUACUUCACCUACGGCAUUGUGUUUUCCUGCGGCUGCUCUUUUGCUUACCAGCCCAGCUUGGUCAUCCUGGGCCACUACUUCAAGAAACGUCUGGGCCUGGUGAACGGCAUCGUUACCGCCGGCAGCAGCAUCUUCACCAUCACGCUCCCCUUCUUGCUGUCGGGGCUGCUGGACAGAGUGGGCCUGCAGAACACCAUGCGCAUCCUCUGCAUCCUCAUGUUUGUGCUCAUGCUGGCAGGCUUCACCUACAAGCCCCUACUGCCCGUCAAGCCCAGAAGCACCGGUGGUUUUUGUCCGCCCGUGAGCCAGAUCUUCAAUUUCAACAUUUGGAAGUCUGUGGGGUAUCGCAUAUGGGCUUUCGGCAUCCCAGCGGCGCUUUAUGGCUACUUUGUGCCUUACGUUCAUCUGAUGAAGCAUGUGGAGGAGCGCUUUGGGGAGGAUUCCAACAAAGAAGUUCUGCUCAUGUGCAUCGGCAUCACAUCCGGUGUAGGCCGUCUCAUCUUUGGCAGGGUUGCGGACUACAUUCACGGGGUCAACAAAGUCUACCUGCAGGUGACGUCCUUCUUUGUGAUUGGCGUCAUGUCCAUGAUGAUCCCGCUGUGCAACAUCUUUGGAGGACUGAUUGCCGUGUGUCUGCUGAUGGGGAUGUUUGACGGCUGCUUCAUCUGCAUCAUGGCUCCCAUCGCCUUUGAGCUGGUCGGCCCCGCCGAUGUCUCCCAAGCCAUCGGCUUCCUCCUGGGCCUCAUGUCUGUGCCCAUGACCGUGGGGCCCCCAAUUGCAGGCUUCCUCAGGGACAGGCUGGGGAACUACGACUUGGCGUUCUACCUGGCAGGUAUCCCCCCGCUGAUCGGCGGAGCCAUGCUGUGUCUGAUCCCCUGGGUGGAGGCCAGGACCAAGAAACGGCAAAAAGAGGAAGCUCUCAAGAACGGGCUGGACAUCACCCAGAAGAUGUUAGACCAUGACAAGCCUCAGGAAGAGCCGUCGCAGUGCAAAGCCGGAGAGUCCGUCCUUUAAUGAACAAACGAGUGAGACCAAUUACCAAAGAUAAGAACCUGAGCCUUUCAGUAUCAGAAGGUCCGCCGCUAGGAAAGUGUGGAAGCAUAACAAGCAGGAAGAGUUUUAAUUGAACAUGAAUGUGAUCACCAGGAACUAUGCAAUACGGCUUGAAAUCCUACUUGACUGACCGCGGUUUGAAAAUCCGAGGCUUUGGUCUUAAAAGGAAAGCUCUGCUGGAAAAGGAAAGCAGAGUGAUGGCCUCCAUUUUAACCCGCCGUUGAAGAUAGACAACACACACUAACAGGAACAACACUAGCAUUUAUUUCCCGACAGGUGCAUCAACGUUUGGAUCUUAGGGGAAAAAAAAAAAAAGGAAAUUGAUCAGCGGAACUUAGGCUGUGUCUCUAUUCCAUACUUUACUUCGUCCUUUGAGUGUUACCCUCAGUAGUCACCAUCUUGGCGACAUAGCGGAAAGGAACAGACGUCAGUAGAGCCCCGUUUUUACUUUCCAGGACCACCAGUGAUUGGUGAAAAACCGCAAGCAAUUGAUACGCUAAGUACACAGUGUACACAGUUCUCAUUGAAAUGUACUGACGGAAGCGAGUGCCGAAAAACCUCAAAUAAUGGACGCCAAUUUUUUAUACCCGUGUCCCGCAUUUUGUGAUGGUCAGUAAUUUGACCCACUUUUAUUUAAGUCAAACCAAGCAAAUGUAUUGCAAAUAUCAUAUUUUAAAACAUGAAUACACAUAAUUAACCUUUUUAGAGGAAUUUAUGAAGGUAUUUUAUUUUCUCAUUCAAUACAUUGAAACGACAGCCCCUUCAGCAUCGGGCAUUUUAGAUGAUUUGGGACUGAUCUUUCAACAUGGAGCAUACCAAAAGAAAUAUUAGAGUUAAACUCCACACAGAGAUGGCCGAGGGUGGAAUUGAACCCUGGUCUCCUAGCUGUGAGGUCUGUGCGCUAAACACUCGACCGUUGUGCAGCCUUAGAGUCCCGUCUUUCAUCAGAAAUUUUUUUUUGUUUGUUUUGUAAUCAGGAGAACAUAGGUUUCAGGAAAAUAUCGGCUCCCAACUAAAAAAAAAAAUUACAAUGUUUUUGCUUUAGUGACAGCUCAAAUAUCUACAUAACUAUACCAACAUAAGCAACUAUUUACAAAUAUAACACCAUGAAUUACAUAUUUACAACGACGCGCUCUCACUUCGUCCUUCCUGUCAUGUGUUUUUUCGGUCUACUUGUAAAUUUUUCCGUCCACAUGACCUCUGCGAAGCUCUUAGCAAAAAUGUGCAUUGGAGAUAUCUCAUCUUCUAAAAUGGGCGACUGUUGUGACCAUAAACUACACCGAGCUAACACUCGACUCUGAACCACUGAUGUCACUUCCUGUUUGCCCUGAACAUAUUUACGUCAACACACAUGUGCAUAUUAUUGUUUAUGUUUUAUUUGUCUUAUUUUAUCUAUUAUAUUGCUUAAUAGGAUUGUAAAGGUGACUAUAGGGGUGUUAUUCCAUGUAAAGAGGGCUCUAAUAAUGGUUAAAAAAAACAGGUUUUCUAUGCUUUAAGUAAAAAAAUAUUAAAUUUAUAAGUAAGGAUGGUCGGGUCUGGAACCAAUUAUUAAUCAUGAUAAACGACGGAUUACUUCGAAAUAUAAAAAGAAAAUGUCAGACAUUAGUGUACAGUACAUAUUUUUAAUAUUUACAAAAUGCGCAGUUCCACAACAUCACAUCUUGUCAAUGUAACUUCCUGUUAGAUCAGAUGGACUUGUGAAACAGUGCCCUCUGCUGGAUGCUUAGCAGGCGGCACUUUUUCUUGUUAACCCUUUUUUACAACCUUCUAAAUAUUGUUUUUUUUUUUAAACAUUUUAAGAGCCCUGUAGACAUGAAAUAACACCCCUAUAAUCACCUUUCCACUCCUAUUACUCAAUAUAGUAGACAUAAUAACAGAAAAUGAAACAUAAAGUGGCGAGGGACUGCUGUGUUUACAAUCAAAAGCAGAGAUAAGGGAGGAUCUAAGUGUACACUGUGUACAAAGUAUUGAUGCGUACUGACGGAAGUAUUCAAUUUGAGACACAGCCUUAUAUCAUCGUCUACUGUUUUCCGACAAGAUUCAUGUACUAAAUGAAAACUAAAACAUGUAUUUGUCCACUACAAAUACUGCAACGUCGAUAUCUGCCCUAUAGACCACACAGUAGGUGUGAUAGUAGUAGUAGUAGUAGUAGUAGUAAUAGUAGUACUGUAGUAAUACGACAAGGACUGUCCACAGACGCACACGUUGCUGCUGUCGCACGUGCUUUUUCGUUACACAUUUCACACCUUUCAUUUGUGUGUGAGGCGUGUAAUGACAACGCAGCGCGUGUGGAUUUUAUCAAGACGUCGUACAGGAAGUCACGAAAGCAAACAAGAUGGACGUGUGACUAAUUAUUAUUGACUGACGGUCAGGUUAUGUCAAUCAUUGCCUCGAAGCGCAGUUUACCAAACAUCAAUUUCUUUUUUUCGUGUUGUAUUUAUUUUUAUAUCGUCCAAAUGCCAGGCAGUAAUUGACGGGCAUUUGCUUCUUGACUUAAGAGACCAAAUGUGCUGAAAUGACUGAAAAUCCUAGCAACCACACACAGUAGAGAUGACAUCCAUAUGUUGUGUUAUUGUAAUGAUUGUUUUUUUUUCAUGCUUUAUAAACCUCAGGUGUGGAAAAGGUAGAGCUGCACACACAUUUCCAUCCUUGUGGAACAUUUCCUUGAUGAGGCUUGACAAUCCGUUUGAUGACUUUAUGACUGACUCUAGAACAGGGACAUUCAAAUAGGAGGAGUCAGGAAUGGAUUCAACCAGGGGUGUCCAAACCUUUUCCAGAAAAAACAUGCAGGGGCCAAAUUGAUACUUUUUGUGAAGGAAAAGAUCCUGUGUAUGUUGUUAAAGAUUAUUAAUUACAUGCAAAAUAGAGGCGGA